UCCCCGCCCCGCGCGCAGGCGCAGGGCCGCGUUUCGGGUCCUCCCUUUUUCGAGAUUUGAGUUUUCCCCAACCGAGAGAGAGAGAGAGACAGAGAGAGAGAGAGAGAGAGCGCGAGUGAGCGCGAGCAGAUACCCGGAUGCUGAUUGCUGGCUUUUUCGCGCCAAUACUGGAAGUUCUCACAACAACCUUGCGAGCCAGUCAGCAGGACUCCUGCUUUCCUCCGUCCACCACUGCCGCUCCCCAGCGAGGUCGCAGCAUCAACAGCGGAAAUCACCGGCCACCUUCCCGCCAGCUCAGCUGGAAGGCCAGCGAGUGUUUUGCAAAAAGCUGUUUAUCUGAAUUCCGAACGCAUGGCAAAGGCUGCCGCUCUUUGAAGCUCUCUGCCCAGGCGUGCCAAGGGUUCCUGAUGAAGCCAGAGUCAAGGCAGGCCCUCUUCCAUGUGGCGGCAGCUGGCAGCCUGUGUGUCGUUGUCGUCUAUGCUGGCGUAUUUGAAGGUGUCUUUGUCCAAGUGGGCUACGAGCACUAUGCAGAGAUGCCAGUAGCCAGCCUCCCUGCCUUGCUAGCCAUGCCCUUCAACUCGCUCAUCAACCUGGCCUAUGUGUUCCUGGGGCUAUACUGGCUGCGGACAGACACCAGCGCCCUGGGACGCCUGGCCGAGGCACGGAGGGCUCGGUACCUGAAGGACGUCUUUGCCGCCAUGGCCCUACUGUACGGCCCCAUUCAGUGGCUACGGAUCGCCACGCAAACGCACCCCAUUGCCGUGCUUGACCAGUGGGUCACCUUGCCCAUCUUUGCAUGGCCAGUGGCCUGGUGCCUCUACCUAGACAGGGGCUGGAAGCCCUGCUUGUUCCUCUCCAUCGAGUGUCUCUCCCUGGCCAGCUACAGCCUUGCUCUGCUGCACCCCUAUGGGUUCGAGGUCACGCUGGGGGUUCAUGUGGCAGCAGCCUGAGGGCAGAGCCUGCGUGUGUACGCACGCUACGGCAGUGCCUCCUCCACCACCUACCUAGUGCUGGGUGUGCUGUCCUGCCUGGGCUUCCUGCUCCUCAAGCUGUGCGACCAUCAGCUCGCACAGUGGCGUCUCUUCCAGCACCUCACUGGCCACUUCUGGUCCAAGGUCUGUGAUGUGCUCCAGUUCCACUUUGUGUUUUUGUUUCUAACCAAUUUAAACACUUGCCAAAGACCUCACCGUGCAGGGAAGGUGCGCUGAGGUGCUGGAGGAGGCUGCAUGACACGCGGUGCUCUGUGCUUGGGAGUUUUGGGGUGAAACUUUGCCAUCUCCGUGCCUGACUUUCAGGAGAGGGGUGUCCAUCCUACUGUUCUUAUACAUUUUCCAUGGUUUGACAUGUUUCAAAAUAAAGCAUCGGGGGAUGACCCCAAGAUAUGUG